GGCUUGGUAUUGCUUUAUACAUUUGGCAUCAAUCAAUCAAUUUUCUUCACUUCUAUUUCUCCAACCGAUCAGCCCUCCAGAUUUAGACGACGGUCUUCUUUUCCACGGGCAGAUAUCUUAAUCUUCAUUUGUUGGCAUUGCGUAGACUAUUUUGGUCUCGUUCUUCUGCACGCCGAAUCACUAUCACCUCAUAGAACAUUAUCACCAGACACGACAUUCUCUGCCUUCAACGCUUUCACGAGAGAGGGUUGCAACAAGCUACCGAGACGCAAGAUAUAUCACAUCAGAAGCUUGUAGAAAGGCUUGUUGGUUUCGCUUACUACAACAAGGUACGAGUCAACAGGAAGAUAUAUCAUAUCUUUUACCACCCGCUUGGCAAGAUUUGUGCUGCACGAAGUCAAUCUAUCACACAUCCUGCUGCAUCUUCUCGCAUCUUCAUACACAAGCCCGCCGACGUGCCAACUACCAAGCGAAGGAGUUAAGCGCAAGAUCCGAAAUCACACCCACCUGGAGACAUAAUUUAUAUAAUACAUGUCCAUCUUUCAAAGUACCUAGUGGUUAGCAAUCCAUCCACUUCUUACCUCCGUUGUAUCCGAUUUCAAAUCAACCGUACGGACCAACCGAUACGGACUGCUGGCUUCUCUGUCGAGACUGUCUGUGCAAAGAAAAAGUCUAAUCCACAACCAACAAGCCUCCGCAAACUGGAAACAAACAAACAAUCCCCCUUCAUCUAUAAUUUUAUCUCCUCUUCUUCUUCGUAUCCCUCUCCGUCUCCUCGACCCCUUUCUAUAUUUUAUCUUCUCUUCCACGGCGUCUGCAGACAACCAAAGGAGUUGCAUCAGAGAGAGAAUUGCGUUUGAUUCUGGUCCGCCAUCUCCUUCCACUCCUUCCACUCCUUCGACUCCAUCUUCUCCAUCUUCUCCUUCGAGAUACGCAUCCCGUCGAUCGAUCUGAUUCCGACGCAGACUGCAUUAUCUCCAGCAAUCCGGACUAUCGAUUUACCCGGCAUUUAUCCUGGACCCCUCGACACCCAAUCGAUAAUCAUAGCUUUGCCUGAUAAUCCUUGCAUCAGCCAAUCAUACUCGCGGAUUCUUCGGCAUUUAUGUUACAUUCUACCGACUUCCGAACCCCGACUCGAAAAAGAUUACUCAAACAUCAUUUGGCGUCAUCAUCCACUAUGUCCGACAUUCGCUCUCCAACUUCGAUUCAUCCUGCUCUUACUAAGCCCAAUGAUCCCCCCAAACCUUCUCAGUCCGUAUUUGAUGAAGCUGUUACACCUUCAGCUACGGCUCAAUCCUUUUUGGGUUUCAAUGCCUUGAACUCGAAACUCAAUCCAGCUGACAAUCUCCGACGCGAACAGGCCGCUCAGUUCGGUUCUUUGAAUGCCAUUGAAACCAACUUUCCAGAUAAUGAUCUUUCCGAAUCAUCGACUGACCCAUCUACAACGUUUUCCGCCGCAACAACUGUAGGAAGCGACUCGGCUUCUGUUCCGUCAUCACCGGUAUUUCCUACACGUGCUUCCCGAGCUUUCCAUAACCAUUGCAAGAACGCUCUAUCCGUCGACGCUAUACCCCGCCAGACUAUGAUGAAAGCAUUGGCAUCUUCGCAACGAGAACAUAAUCCACAAAACCUUUCUUUAGCAAACAUGAAGUCACCAUCCAUUGAGAGACCGGGGACUGCCUCAUCGCAGAAGCUCAAUGCAGCAAUAUCGGAUUUGGCACAGCGAAACACUCCGGUCACAGCUCGCUUUCCCUCACUACAGUCACCAUGCUUUUACCAUCAACGAUUCGAUGACGCUGUCAAUAUCGACAAAGUGCUUGAAGAGAUCAACGGAGACGAAUCAAUGUCACAUUCCCGACUCAUGGCAACAGCCACUGGUGUGCGAGAAGUUUCUAAGCAAUUGCAAAGACGCCCCAUCAAGAGAGCUGUCCGCAAUGUUAUGAUUGUUACAAAGGCUAGAGAUAAUCAAUUGGUUAAUUUGACCAAGGAUUUAGCACUUUGGCUCAUGAGCACUCCACGAUAUGGCUCAGACCUGGGUGUUAAUGUUUAUGUGGAUGCGAAGUUGCGCAACUCGAAGCGUUUUGGAGCAGCAGCAUUGAUUGAAUCACAACCUCGAUUCCAACAUCUUUUGAAAUAUUGGUCACCAGAUCUUUGCUGGAGUCAACCGGAGAAAUUCGACCUCGUUCUCACCUUGGGUGGGGACGGGACUGUCUUAUUUACUUCAUGGCUCUUCCAGCGUAUUGUUCCACCCAUUUUAUCCUUCAGUCUCGGUAGUCUUGGCUUUUUGACUGGAUUUGAAUAUGAUCGCUUCAAGGAACACUUAAACAAAGUCAUGGGAGAGGAAGGUAUGCGAGUCAACCUUCGCAUGCGUUUCACAUGUACAAUAUAUCGUGAUGGAAAGGAACAAGGUCAUGAUGCAGUAGAAGGCGAACAAUUUGAGGUCCUCAAUGAACUUGUUAUCGACCGAGGACCAUCCUCUUACAUCUCCAACCUCGAGUUGUAUGGUGACAACGAGCUUUUGACUGUUGUCCAAGCCGAUGGGUGUAUUUUCUCGACUCCUACUGGCUCAACUGCAUACUCAUUAUCUGCUGGUGGCUCACUUGUCCACCCAGAUAUUCCUGCCAUCCUCCUCACACCAAUCUGUCCUCAUACUCUUUCAUUCCGUCCAAUGAUUCUCUCGGAUACACUUUUGCUCCGAGUAUCUAUUCCACGCAAUUCUAGAGCCACCGCUUAUUGUUCAUUCGAUGGAAAGGGUCGUGUUGAGCUGAAGCAAGGUGAUCAUGUCACUAUUGCCGCUUCUCAAUACCCAUUCCCCACCGUGGUUAGCUCUCCAUCAGAGUGGUUUGAUAGUGUAUCCAGAACUCUUAGAUGGAACACUCGCGGUGCUAUGCAAAAGGCGUGGGACGGUACCGAGGAAAAUAAAGAAGAGGAAGCUGAAUGGGAUAUCGAUACUGAUUCAGCAUUCUAUGGCAGUGAAGAUAGCAGUCUCAGCGCAAGUCCCUUGAGACGACAAAUGAGCAUGCUUGGCAUGUAAAUGUUUUUAAUUAUCUCGCGAUUACCUCUGGUUAUAUGCGACUUUGUUAUACAAUCCCCUGUCUUUACAAGACAUGCACUACUACAUGUUGUAUUAUUUAAUACCUUCUUUCUCAUAUCCAACCCGAGAUCAACAAGAUAUGAUGCGGAUUUUUUUUUUUUUUUUUUUUUUCAGUUAGAACUUGUAGGCGUUGACUUUUGCAUAUUGGGCGAAUAGGUGUUGGAGAUUUUAGAGAUCAAUCAAAGAAUAUAUUUCAGGGACUAUUUACAAUAGGUACGAUUUAGAUACGAAUAUCAUGACUUUUGCUGGCCAGUUUGUCAGCUGAUAAAUUGUAUACUUUUUUGAGUUUUGAUGAGUUUUUUAUA